AUGAUAAAACGAUGGUUUUCAUCAACGUCAAGAAUAUUGAAACCUUUCAAAAUAGCAAUUGUUGGAUCAGGCCCAGGUGGAUUUUAUACAGCACAUCAUUUAACGAAUAAAUCACCAAAAGACCUUCAACUUAAUAUUGAUUUUUUUGAAAAAUUGCCCACCCCAUUUGGUUUAAGUAGAUAUGGAGUAGCUCCUGAUCAUCCAGAAGUUAAAAAUUGUGAAGAAUAUUUAAUUGAUUUAAUGGAGGAUAAGAAAGCACAUAUUAGAUUUAUUGGAAAUUGCGAAAUUGGUAAAGACUUAACUUUAAAACAAUUGGAACAAAAUUAUAAUUCAAUUAUUUUAGCUUAUGGAUGUACUUCAAAUGAUAAUAAAUUAAACAUACCGGGAUCAAAUUUGAAAAAUAUAAUAAGCGCAAGAAAAUUUGUUAAUUGGUAUAAUGGGCAUCCUGAAUAUUACGAAAAGGGUAAAAAAUUCAUACCUCCUCCAUUGGAUAAAAUUAAAACUGUUACAAUUAUAGGAAAUGGGAAUGUUGCAUUAGAUGUAGCUAGAGUAUUACUUGGUAGUGAAGAACAUUGGAAAGGAACUGAUAUUUCAGUUGAAGCUGAAGAAUUAUUAGAAAAAAGUACCGUUGAACAUGUUAGGAUAGUUGCUAGAAGAGGUAUAAUGGAAUCUGCAUUUACAAACAAAGAAAUUAGGGAAUUAUUCGAACUAGAUAAUGUGAAGUUUAUUCCAUUGGAAAAAGGUAUACUUGAAUCAGUUGAUAAAUCAAAAUUAGGAAGAGUUGAUAAAAGAAGAAUAUCAAUAAUUGAGAGAUAUAAUAAUUCAACUAAGGAAGGUAAAAAAUCAUGGACUUUGGAAUAUUUGAAAAGUCCUGUUGAAUUUAUAGGUGAUGAAAUGGUAUCAGCUACAACAUUUGUCGUAAAUAAACCAUUGAAUGAUCCAUUGAAACCUGGAAAAGUUGUAUCAACAGAUCAAUACAUCACAGAAGAGAAUGAAUUGGUCAUAGAGUCAAUUGGAUAUCAAGGUACGCCAAUUAAUGGAUUUGAAGAAAUUGGUAUCUGGUUUGAUAAUAAUAAAUUACACAAUAAAGAUGGUAGAUUAUUAUCAUUAAAUUCCAAAGAUAAAGAUGAUCAUAAUGCAAUUUUUAAAAAAGGUUGGUAUACUUCUGGUUGGAUUAAAAAUGGUCCAAAGGGCGUAAUUGCAACUACAAUGAUGGAUUCAUUUGAUACUGCUGAUAAAGUAUUAGAAGACAUUGCAAAUGAUAGAUUCAUAAAAGUAGACCAAGAGAAAGAUAUAAUACCGAAAAAUUCAAUUACAUGGGAUAAUUGGAAAACAUUAGAUAAUUACGAACUUAAUAAAGGUAAAGAAUUAGGUAAAACAAGAUAUAAAGUUUGUGAUAAACAAGAAAUGUUAAAACUUGUAAAUAAAUGA